AUGACCGAAUUCCUGGAUUAUAGCGGCAUUCCACAGCAGUGUGACAAAACACACAACCACCAGUUCCGCCUCUGGUUCAUGUCAACCUUCUACUCAAUCAUCAGCAUCACGGGACUGGUGGGGAACCUCUUGGUUAUCUUCACCAUCAUCUACUUCCACCGCCUGAAGACCAUGACGGAUGUAUACCUGCUGAACUUGUCAUUUGCCGAUCUGGUAUUUGCACUCACGCUCCCCUUUUGGGCAGCCAACUCCAUGGCAGAGUGGGUGCUGGACAUUGCCAUGUGCAAGAUCAUGCAUACAUUUUAUAAGGUUACCUCUUACAGCAGCAUGCUGCUUCUCUGUUUAAUCAGUGUGGAUAGGUACUUUGUCAUAGCAAAGGCUGUUUCUGCUCACCGACUCCGUAACCGAGCAAUGUUCUUUAGCAAGGUGUUGUCUGUUUUUGUCUGGAGCCUCGCUUUGAUUUUUUCCAUACCAGAAAUGAAAUACACCACAGUCAUUAAUGACACCUGUACACCUUUCACCAGUACAUCUGACCCACUGCUGAUAGUUUUCCAGACAAGCCAGAUUGUUGUAGCGUUUGCCCUUCCACUCUUGGUCAUGAGCUUCUGCUACAGCAAAAUUGUACAUAUCCUUUGUCGGGCUCGAAACUUUCAGCGAAAUAAGGCUGUCAAGGUCAUUCUUGUUGUGGUAGUUGUCUUUGUGGUCUGUCAGCUUCCAUACAAUGUGCUCUUGUUUUGGACAACACUUGUCGUCGCAAACGGUGGCAAUACGGACUGCAAGUAUGAAAAUGACCUCCUGUACGCUACUGAUGCCACUCAGUGUGUGGCUUUCCUACGGUGUUGUCUUAACCCCUUUGUGUAUGCAUUUAUUGGUGUUAAGUUUCGCCAUGACCUUAUCAGACUACUAAAGAAAUUGGGUUGUGUGAGUCAGGCGAUGUUUGUCAAGUAUAACUAUAGCACAAGAAGCAGCUCCACUGCCGUAGAAACCAACGUCUAG